UGUUCGAGAGGAUCCCGCGAGCAACCAUUGGCGAGAAGCAUGUCAAACAACCAAGGAAAGCGGGCGACCGCUGCCCAUCCGUUCAACAUCGAUAAUGCAGACGUCGUCUUCACUACGUCGGAUGCUGUCGACUUUCGAGUUUACAAAUCGAUCCUCUCAGUGGCGUCACCGUUCUUUCAUGCCAUGUUCUCACUCAAGCAGCCUGCCUCCUUAGGGUCACCAGAGCCCAUCUCUGUCUCGGAGGAGAGCGAGGUCUUCGACGCCCUCCUGCGCCUGUGCUAUCCCGUCGACGACCCCACCUUCGCUGACCUAUCCCAGCUCGAACCAGUUCUCGAGGCUGCGAUAAAAUAUCAGCUGGAUGAGGCAAGCAAACUCGCUUGCAGUUUGCUAUGUGGAUUCGCUGCUGCCGAAUCGUUGCACGUGUUCGCCAUCGCUUGUCGCCUUCAGCUUGACAAGGAGGCACUGCUGGCCGCAUCGAUGUGGAAAACGAGCCGCAAUUUCAACGAGAGCUCUUCCAAUUUCUCUGACACUGUAGCCGGUGCAUGUUACACGUCGGACAUGCCCAACAUCACAGCUGCUUGCUUCUAUCGACUCCUUCAGUUCUGCCGCGGUACUCCCAUGCCUGGCUUGUCGUCAUUCAUUAGCAGAUGUGCCACAUCGCUUCCACCCUACCUACGCCAGCAAGACAAUACUGAUAUUGACCUACUUUUCGAUGGGGACCAAGCAGACGUCGUACUUCGGUCUACAGACGGAGUUCAAUUCCGAGCCCAUACCCUUCUCUUCCGACUCAGCGGAGCAACCGUGAUAUUGGAUGAGGGCUCUUGUCAGAGCGCGCCAGACGCCAACUUGCCCAUCGUAAAAGUCCAGCUUGAUAGCGAGACUCUCGCGGACCUCAUCCGCAUGGUUGCCCCAUCCCCAUGUUCCGUUAGUAUCACAGACUCACGGCGACUAUGGAGUCUUGCGCAGGUUGCUACACGCUACGAAAUCCCACGUAUCGCUGCUGCCCUGAAGAAGGAGGUCAGGCGGCUCACACCAGACCGCGGCCUCGCAGUGUACCUUCUCGCCGCUGCGCAUGGGUGGAAGGAGGAAGCUGAGCUUGCCGCCCGCGCUUUGGCCCAUCGAAGCUUGGGAGAUGUUUACGACUCCCUCAUGGAGGACGUUUCUGCCGCCGUAUACCACUCGCUUCUACAAUUCCAUCAUCAGUGUGUUGUCGCAAUGUCGGAAGUUAUCCAGCAGAGAGUUGAAGGUGGUCACAAGCAAUGGAAGGAGCUAUCACAUGCGCGCUCAGCCACAAGGCCCAUCUCUGUCAUUUUACCUGUCGUUGAAAAGGAGCUGUAUCCUUUCGCUACGGCGUCGAAUGGACCGUGCCGGGGCUGUGGAAGUAGUAACACUUAUUCGUCCAAUCAUAAGAGCUGCGGAUACAAAGUCUCUCCUCUCCUACUUUCUAGCGAAGAGGUUGAGAGAGCCCUUGAUGCACGGCUAUCUGAGGUGAGUACCUUGUGCUAGCGUCGUCACGGAAGCUUGCAAAUACAUCUCUCAGAUAAAAAUCAGCUUGCCGACGACAUACACGCCAAUCAAGCACGCUCCUCUUCCCCGUAUCUGACAUUACAAUAAUUUAGCACUGAGCGAAUCUAGACACUCGUGUCCGGGAUGGGAUUCAUGACGCACUUAGUCCUAGCAAAACUCUUGGACUCAAAGUUAGCAACAGCUGCACAAUCCUUCUGCCAUACUUUGUUCAGCCUUGGUUGCACCUAGAUGAAGAAACAUGCAUGCCAUGGUCCAGACGCGAUCGAGAAUAACUAACAGCAUUUACCUUGAGUCGCUGCAUAUCUCCGGAGUAAUUCGAGUGGGAAACUCUCCUGGCUGCUCUUCAACGGAAACCGCGCAUGCCGAAAU